CCUAAGAAGAAAAAUCUUAACAUGACAAGAACUAACAAAGCUGCAUACAAGAAACAUCAGUGGUCAGGUGGAAAAAGGAAACGGCGUCAAGUCCAAGCUGCCUUACAACACCAUUAUGGCACCAAUUCAAGAAACGUGGCUUGGCGUAAUGUUCAAAUGAAUAACCCACCUGACGUCACGAUGUGUGACGAUCCGUCAAAUGCCCAAACGGUGAUAAAUAAUGGUUCAACUAAUGCUGAAAUCCCACUAAAAACGUACGCAAAUAAGAAUCCACCAACUGUUCGUUUUGAAGCCCCAAUCACGUCGACCUCAAGCACACCUCGAGCAGUUGGCGAUGAAGCACCUGCAAAACAGGUCGAAGUAAACUGGCCAAAUCCUGACCCGGACGUGGAAAGUCACCAACUGUUGGUAGAGACGGUUCCCCACGAAACUUUAGGCGAUCUAUCUGGCUAUCGGAUUGUGGACAUUAACCAUGUCCUCCAAUGGGCUUUUAUCGUUGAAAGGCACAAAAACAGCUGCCCAGGUUCGACCAUAAAAUUUGUCAAAGAGACUAGAAACGGGUUUAAUAGUGUUCUAACAUUUCAAUGUCAGAUUUGCGGAAAGGUCUUCAAAAAUUCGACUGAAAAAAAUGAAGACAUUAAUAAAGCCUUCGUAUGGGGCACAGUAUCGGCCGGCAGCUACUACGCUGCUACAGCACACCUUACCAGCUGUAUGGAUAUCCCAACAAUGUCGAGCAAUAAAUUUCGCUCCAUUGAAAAAGAAUUGGGGGAGGUUUGGGAAAACCAUUUAACUGAAGUAAUUAUGAAAGCUGGACAAGAAGAACGAGACAUUGCCAUUCAAAAGGGACAAAUUAACGAGAACGGAUUGCCAUAUACGACAGUGUAUCUCGAUGGAGGUUGGCUCAAACGAUCAUAUGGUCAUAAUUAUAAUUCAUCAUCUGGAAUGGUAAGAUAACUUUAUUUAUUACUUUUAGACCGAGAGACAGUGAUCGUUUAGCAAAAAAAAAAUUAACUCCCUUGCGGUAUGGCGGCCAUUUGGAACCAUCCGAAAAGUAUGGCAUGGUGAUGUCCAUGAAUGGCUGCUCGACGAUGAUCACCUGUGCAAAA